AUGCAACUUGAUGGGUAUAAUGAGGAAUUGCAACUAAAAUUUGAAUUUCAUGAUUGGCAACACUAUUCUCUUAAUUCAAUGUUCCAUAGAAGAAGGGAGAUAGAUUUGGAUGAACAGAGAAUGCGUGACCAGAAGAAGCGAGAUAUUUGCAAAGAGCAAG